AACUCUAGUAUAAGAUCUUUCUUUUGGGAUUGUCAUGCACAAUGCAUCUCUAUAAAAAAAAAAAUGGAAGACUCGUCAUUAAUUUUUACUUUGCUUGCACAACAACAGUUGAAGUAUCACCAAAUUCAAUCAAGCCGUAGUUAAGGACCACCACUAAUAAGUAAUCAAGGACAGAUAAGAAUGGAUCGACUAAUUUCGUAAUCGACAAAAGUUUUGCGCGUAUCGCGCAUAAGUCAGGUUCGUGUCAUUGAGAAUAUGCGCAAGUUUCCUGUAGUACCGAAUCGUUUCCCGAUGCAACGAUAUUAUCAAAAGGCUAAAUCUUCGGGAUCUUCACAAAGGAGAACCGUUGAUUGGCCUUGCAAUACUUUUAUUCAAUUAAUACCAACGACCUUUUCACGUAUAUGAUAUGCCAAGUGUUAUCAGUGAGAAUAAAUAAAAACAUGUGAAAGAAAGAAUCUACACAGUAGAUUUACAUUCUUCGUUAUCGCAAAACUGAUUAUAUAUAUAUAUAAAAAUAUGCGGAUAAUUUUAGUUAAAUUCCGUGAAGUAUCACAAAAAUAUCCCAUCGUACGGGGUAUGGCAUCUUAUGCCAUUAUAUGGCCAUCCGCAAGCUUAUUUCAGCAAAAAAUAACAGGUAGACCAGAAUUGAAUUAUCCUGAAGCGUUAAGAUUUAGUUUGUAUGGUGGCUUUUUUGUAGCACCUACUUUAUAUUGUUGGUUAAGAUGUGCCUCACAUUUUUGGCCAAAAUCUGAUUUUAAAUCUGCGAUCACAAAAGCAUUAGUAGAACAAGUUACAUACACUCCAACAGCAAUGUGUUGCUUUUUCUUUGGAAUGAAUUUACUUGAACAAAAGUCUAUUUCAGAAUGCAUAGAAGAAGUAAAACAGAAAUUCUGGCCAACUUACAAGAUCGGAGUAUGCGUAUGGCCUAUUCUACAAACUAUUAACUUUGUGUUAAUUCCAGAACACAAUCGUAUAGUUUAUGUAAGUAUUUGCAGUUUAAUGUGGACAUCUUUCCUUGCAUAUAUGAAAGCGCUUGAAACUAAAAGAAAGCAACAAGAAAUGGCAAAUAGUACAAAAACAAUGGAAUUUUUAGAUACGCAAUCUAUGAUUGAAUCUAUCGAUCAAAAUACAUCUCCAUCUUUAUGACGUUAAUUUUGUAGUUAAAAUUUUACAAUAUUAGAUUAAUUGAUGUGUAUAAAUUUUAAUUUCCAUAUGCUUACGUAAAAAGAAAAUUUCUCUUUAUAUUUUAUUAACAAAUAUGCGUAUAUUAUCUAUGGAAAAGGAAGGUAACAGAAGAAUUAUUAUGAAAGUAGAGUUUUCAACUCAAGAUUCCAUAUAUUUAUUUAUUACAAAUUUAUAGCAUAAUGAAAUACUGUCGAGUUGAUCCAAAGCUAGUUAGUUUAAUAAAGAAACAUUUUUUUAUUCUCCGAAUAGAAUGCAUAAUAUUCUUAAUGAAUUAAAAUAGAAUAGAAAUAAGUUAAAAAUAUAUAAAAGCGAGAUGUAUUGAAUGGUCUCAUAAAUUGAAAGUAAAAUUAAUAUAUGAAGGUGUUCAUAAGUUUAUUUGUUUUAAACAAAAUGAAUUAAUAUAUUUAAAUGUGGUUGACAAUAAAUUGUAUAAAAUCCUAUAUAAACAAUAAAAAAGAUAUACAUCAAA